CCCUAUGGGCGGUGCGAAGGGUGAAGGUGGGUCCGGAUCCGCCCCUCUUCAGCUUCCUAUAAGGGCAGGGGACCCGGGACCUCAGGUUCACACACCAUGAGGCCGUCCACAAGACCGGGGCACUUCCUGCUGGCCCUCACGUUGCUCUGCACCCUCCCGGGGCUGGGGCGCCCCCUAACCUGCGAGGUGUGCAAGGGAUCCGGGCCCACGUGCAGCGGGAGAAUGAAGACGUGCGAGGCCGGCAAGGACGCAUGCGUGGUCCUGGUGGGCGAGUCCAGCACAAAGGGCAGCCAGUCGGUGGGCACCCUCAAGGCCUGCGUCAAGUUCAGCGACUGCUACUCGGGCUUCGUGUCCACCACCAUGAGCCGUGACGACUACAUGGUCUCCAAUGCUCACUGCUGCCAGACUGAUGGCUGCAACCAAGGCUCCGUGCCCCCCCCCCAGAACAACCGAACCGAGAACGGCCGCAUGUGCCCGUCUUGCAUAGCGCCCUUCCAGGAGACGUGCCCGGGCACCCGGGGCGUCCGCUGCGUUGGCCAGGAGACCCACUGCAUCUACUUCGCCGGCAACGUGCAGGCUGGUAUCUUCAACACCAAAUUUGCCACGCGGGGCUGUGCCACAGAGAGCGCCUGCUACACGAAGGCUGGCGCGGAGGUGCCCUCGGCCUCGUAUCUCUAUUUCCUGCGGAGAGCCGACUGCCUGCCAGCCCCCUGGCCUCCAGGCAGGGCCGAGUGAAGAACCCGGGUGUCGGUUCGUCCUCAGCCUGCAGCUCCCCGUGUGCCUAUAAAGGAGACAGAUUCAUAGAGCGA